AAGACCAUUAAUGAUGCUGCAAAAAGAAGGCUUGAUCUUAAUGAUAGAUCUGGAAUAUGUUUAAAUAAGAAUUUUAACUCAUUGGUUGUUGAAAUGGGGGGGUUUGAGAAUGUUCCAUUUGGGGAGAAAGAUUGUCGAAAUUUUAUUACCAAGGCAAGAGAGUUUCGGCUUGGCAAAGGAGGUGGUCAAGCACUUUGUGAUUAUUUCAGAAGAAUGCAAGACAUGAAUGAUGACUUCUAUUAUGUGAUGGACAUGGAUGAUGAUGCUAGGUUGCGAAAUGUGUUUUGGGCUGAUGCACGAAGUAGGGCAGCGUAUGAAUUCUUUGGGGAUGUCAUUACAUUUGACACGACCUACUUGACAAAUAGGUAUGACAUGCCAUUUGCUCCUUUCGUAGGAGUGAAUCAUCAUGGCCAGUCAAUACUUUUUGGAGCAGGACUACUAUCAAACGAGGAUACAGACACAUUUGUUUGGUUGUUUGAGUCGUGGUUGAAGUGCAUGAAGUACCGAGCUCCAAGUGCAAUUUUAACGGAUCAGGCUAGGGCAAUGAAAAAUGCAAUUGCGAGAGUUUUUCCAAGAACUCGACAUAGAUAUUGUCUAUGGCACAUUAUGAGAAAAUUUCCUGAAAAAUUUGGUGCACAUGAUCAUUGCGAAGACAUUAAGAGUGCCUUAAAUACUUGUGUGUAUGAUUCUUUCACCGUUGAUGAAUUUGAGGAAAAUUGGAAAAAAUUAAUUGAGAGUUAUCAGCUUCAUAAUAACUCGUGGUUGAAUGGGUUAUAUAGUGAACGGACUUUUUGGGCGCCAAUAUAUAUGAAAGAUACAUUUUGGGCGGGAAUGACUACAACGCAGCGGAGUGAAAGCAUGAAUGCCUUUUUUGAUGAUUACGUGCAUUCACAAACCACACUAAAGGAAUUUGUUGAUCAGUUUGAUAAUGCUUUGAGAAAAAUGGUUGAGAAUGAGGCGCGUUCUGAUUUCAAUUGUUUUAAUCGCACAAUUCCAUGUGCAACCAAUCUGUCUUUAGAGAAGCAAUUUCAAGAUGUUUACACAAACGCAAAGUUCAAAGAAGUUCACGAACAGUUUGCGACAGGUGUGCAUUGUAACAAUUCUCUUCUUAAAAGUGAAGGUGCAAUUUCUACCUAUCAAGUGGUUGAAACUUGUCAAUCUCAUGAAAACCACAUGACCGACAAAACAUUUAUUGUUUUCUUUAAUGAAGACGAAUUUGAAGUGAAGUGCACUUGUGCAAAGUUCGAAUUCAGAGGCAUCAUAUGCAAGCAUUCUAUUUCGGUUCUAGUGACAAAGAAAGUUACAAUGUUGCCACCAAGAUAUAUUCUUGAUAGAUGGAGGAAGGAUAUAAAGCGAAAAUAUACUUUGAUUAAGAGUAGUAAUGAUGUGUUUGUGAGUAGCUCUGGUGCCCAAAGAUAUGACAAAAUGUUCGUGAAAUUUGAAGAAUUAGCAUCGCUUACAUUAGAAAGUGAGGAAUAUUCUAUGGAAGUGAUGAAAAAUCUUGAUAUGUUAAAUGAGAAAUAUCGUGCCUUAAAGUCUGGAAAGGUGCUUUCUCCUGUUAAGGUUAAACGUCUAGGGAGACCACGGUUACUAAGAACGGUACCUGCUAUAGAGAAAGUGUCCAAAAAAUCACAAGUUAAGAUGGUGCCUAUUGUAGAGAAAGCGGCCAACAAAUCCCAAUUAGAAAAGAAGGCAUCAAGCAGCAAUAAUGUCAAAAAGAAAGGACAAAGAAAGAAGAGUUCCAAAGCAAAGCAAGAUGAUGCCAAAACUUGCGAACCUUCAUUGCCUCCUACAACUGGUGAUCAGCACGACCAAUUUAUUAACACUCAGGUGGAUCCAACCAAUGAAUUCUCAAAAUUAGUCAGCCAACACAAGUAUGAAGAAGCUUUUGAUGCAGCCUUGCGAAUAAGUGAUGUGUCUAUUGUAUAUUCAUUAUGCUCUCAGGUUGAUCUACGGUGUAUUUUAUCUAUAGAUCCUCUUCCUUUGAGCCAAGUAGUAUUGCUUUACCUUUUGCGGCAUCUAACAUACGGUAUCAAUGACAACAUUUCCCAAAAAAUUGGUUGGAUGAUAGACGUUGCAAAUGCCAUAAUUCCAACAGACCCAAUGAUUGCAGUGCAUGUGCAGCCAAUCCUCAAUGAAGUCUAUGGCUUUCUCAACUAUCAACAAUACUUGCCUACAAUUACUAGUGAUGAGCUCUCAAGUAUCCGUCGUCUGAUACAUAUAAUUUGUUCCAAGAUCAUGUAAUAUGCCAAUAACUUAUGGGUGAGGGUGUUUCUCUUUUUGGGUUGAGGGUGUUUCAUCCUUGGGUUUAGUUUUAUUUUUGUAAUGAAGGAAAACAUUUAUCAUUUUGGCUUAUGUAGUUAUUUAUUUUUGUAAUGAAGGAAAACAUUUGUCAUUUUGGCUUAUGUAGUUAUUUAUUUUUGUAAUGAAGGAAAACAUUUGUCAUUUUGGCUUAUGUAGUUAUGUAGUUAUUGUUGGUUCAUUUGUUCUACCAGGAAGUGGGUAUGCAGCUGCUCAAGUAUGGAGGGAGGGGUUCCCUCAGAGUGUGCAAGAUAUUGUAUCCAACGAAUGCUGAGCAUUUUGUUUUGCUCUGUUUUAAUGAAUCCCAAUUCAAAUAAAAAAAAAAAAACAAAAAAAAAAAAAAAGGAAGUGGGUUCUAUGAAUGAUUUGCCCAAUUGUUAUGUUCUGCACAAUGGAGGAUCUCAAUUAACGUUUAAGACUUUCAUUUUGGCAAUUUUUGGUUGCUGUCUUCAUUUUCUGGUGUUUGUGCUUUUGUUGUUUCAUAUUUGGU